AUGGGGUUCUCAGAAGCGCUACGAUACCUAUCCCGAUAUUAUCACAAGGAUAGACGGGGUGCUAGACGUCGCCAUACGAAUUCAACUGCUUCCCCAAUGCGGACGGAAUCUACCGCCAACGAUGCAACACAUGUACGAACAAGUCCUUACAUGACGGUGAUCCACGUGAGACAGGAAGAUUUGGAGGUAGCGGAUCUCCUAAUUAGGAGGAUUUCAGACCGUCAAAUAAGUGAAAGGCGUCCGAGUGAGGACUCGCCCCAACCACACGAGAGCGAAACCGUUCAGGAGAGGGAAAGCCCCAUCGAACCAGAGCCAGCUAAAAAAGCCAGAACUCCUUCUAAAUCACAUUUUGAGCCCCUCCGCAUCGAAAAAUCGGAUAAACACAGCCGAGGCUCACCACUACGUGUAUCCCAAGUGUCGGGUGAUUCUAGCAAACAGAUCUCACCGGCAAGCCAUCUUACGAGCAAGAUUUGGGACCGGGACCAAAAUCUUGGAAAGCCUCCUAGCCCAGCUCACGGCAACAGUCCUUGCAGUGAAUCCAACCUGGAAACGAACCCUGACCAGUCAACGAGGCAAUCUAGCAACCAGACUAUGCAGUCCGACGGCUCUUGGGCCACUGUCCAGCGUGACCCAUCGAAACGCUGCAAAAGCCCAAUUGCAACCAUUGACUCCAGGAUUCCAUCCGAAAACAAGAAUCCAUUCGCAGAUAGGCAUGCUCUACGGUACAGUUUUAAUGUGACUAGUUCGGAGGAAAUUCCACAGCCUCAGAGGCAACUUAGUUAUGGAAACCGUGAGCAAAAUUCUUGCUGCAACAACAGACGAAGUCUUUCGGUAUUUGGGCAGUCAUCCCUGGGACAUGUUCCUCCUAGAGCCUCGAGCCGCUCAUUAGACGAAAUCUCCAGCAGAUUUUUUUGUGGCCCUGGUGCUCCACGGAGAGAAAGAAUUCGAUCCCGGGCCAUAAUUCGCUUCAAUACCUCUGUUGAAGCCUUGGGAAUUGUAUUUCCCACAAAAAGCGGAAGGGAAAUAAUAAAUUCAGAAGGAGAUUGUAUACCUGAACGCUCAAAUUCAAUUCUCGGUCGUAUUCGGAGCGUCAGAUCAAAUAUAGGCUUGAGGCACAGAAACAGUGCUAAGAGGACACUGCGACGUAUCAAAACAAUGGCCAACCUUUCAUUACGGUACCCUAUCGACCAAUUGAAAGGCAAAAGCUUGGAGGAAUUGACCCGCCUUGGGGGAAAGAGUUAUUUCGACUUACCUGAGAGAUACGGCCCUCACGCCCUGAUAUUACCAACAUGCUUCUCUUCAACAAUGAAUUAUCUUUUGAAAUAUGGGCCUGGCAUCGACUACCUCUAUGAAGAUCAUGGCGACAAUGAGGUUGUAUGUAAGCUGUAUAGUCAGUAUGCCGACCAGGUGCUGUCUGCAGAGACGUCAAAGGAUACGAUUGACAAAACUACGAGAGUGGUCGAACAACCAACUGAGUUGAUGCCACCCCCUGGACCAACUUCUGCACAGGGACCUGGUUUUGUACAUGAUGUUUCCACUGUGUUUUGUCAUCUCUUAUGUGGUUUGCCUGGAGGUAUUCUGGGAUCUAAGAACUUGUGUGAAGUAUUGCAAAAAAUUCAGGAAUAUGAUUUUGAAAACCCUCAGGUAGCUAGAGAUACCGGACGAGGUGAAUAUCUUCCCGAUCGCCCAUUUCCUAUGGCAGCCAAAAUCCGACUUAUUGCGCAUGCCCUGGUGGCCAUGACAAAUGACCUGCAGUUUGACCUUAUCUGUUCGGUCUUCGGCCUUCUAUCCUUCACAGCUGACGUGAAUGCCAAAAUAUCCAGUCUGAGAAAUUUUACCACCUGGCUUAAACUCCCGGACUCUAGCUUGAUGGCUAAACGGUUUAGCUUUGUUCUUGCGGAACCAAAAUCGAUUAGAUUAACAGUUGACAAAGAUUCCGUUGUGGGAGAUCCAGAAAUGAAUACUACGAUGGAAAUGGUUAUUGACUACUGGAAGGAUAUUUGUUUGCAGUUUAGAAGGAUGGGGAUCUUUUAA